AAUACACCACCCACCACCAGCUGAAAAGUCUUCGUCAUAUCUGAAUCUGAAUCUCUGUUGAGCAAGCAUGGCGGAUUGUGCGAGGAAGUUCCUCCUAGCUACCCUAUUAGCUGUAUUAUGUUUCUCAUGGACAAUUGCAGCCUCCGACGGGCCAUUUAUUGUCGCACACAAGAAGGCCUCUCUUACUCGACUCAAAUCCGACAUCGAACGUAUUUCCAUCUCCAUCGACAUCUACAAUGAAGGAUCUGCGACGGCAUAUGAUGUGAGUCUUUAUGAUGAUAACUGGUCUCAAGAUGUAUUUGAAAUUGUCACUGGUAACACAUCAGUGUCAUGGGAAAGACUGGACGCUGGGGCUUCUCUCUCCCAUUCCUUUGAGUUGGAAGCUAAGAAAAAAGCUGUGUUUUAUGGGGCACCAGCGGUCAUAACAUUCCGUAUUCCCACUAAGGCUGCUCUACAGGAGGCAUUCUCAACUCCGAUCCUCCCUCUUGACAUACUAGCUGAUAGGCCUCCAGAGAAGAAGUUUGACUGGGUAAGCUACUCAAUACUAGUAGCUGCAGCUGCACAAACUACAGAACACAUUUUUUAUUAAUUAUAGUUUGCUAAGAGAUGAAUUUCCUUUUUUGCAUGGACUGUCCAAACUCUUGGUGUAUAUUCACAGGCUAAGAAAUUGAUGGCAAAAUAUGGUUCCUUGAUUUCUGUGAUCUCAAUUGUGGUUCUAUUUGUCUACCUGAUUGCGAGCCCUUCAAAGUCCAGUGCUGCAAAAAAGAAGCGCUGAAUACAACUUGGUCAUUAUUCAGGCAAGAAUGCUUGGAACCUUCCAGCUUAUCCUGUUUGCCCUUGUUAGUCAAACAGUUUAUGUACCAGUUUUAAACUUUUACACUUGUAACAACAUCCAAGCAGGUAAUUAGACUGAGAUGUUAGUCUUUAGCAGAUCUCUAAGCUAAGAUUUUCACUUUUAUGAGAAUUUUGUACCGGGUUCCUUGAAUACCUAAGUUUUGUUUAUUGUGGUUGGCUUGCUUCUUGAGCAUCAACAAUUUCAUUUUCUUACA